UUAUAGUCCUACAAAAUUACAUGAAAACUACUAGAACUACCUUAUCAAGUGGCACAUUCAUAACUUUAGUUUGAAAAAAAUAUGCCUCUUGCAAGUGACUAGGAAGUCUUUAAUCCCUUUUAUAGACUUGAAUAGAUCUCAUCUCUUACUUAAUGAAUCAAGAACUUGAAGAUAUAAAAAACACAUGUACAAAUUCACCUCAAGCAAUUUAAUGAAGCUUGGAAAGAAACCCGGUUUAAUUUCUUCCUUUAAUAACCUACAUCCUAUUCUAUCUGAUUCACCAUCUUCAUGCAGCAUGCCAGUGAAUAUCAUAACAAUCUUCAGUCUUGGUAUUUUAUCAUGGGUCACUCCGACUCAUGGAAUUCUGUUUGGUCUACCAAGAGGAGAUGCUUCAAAUUGCCCUCCUGUCCCUGGCUCCAUUCCUUAUUAUUUUGGUACAACUGACCUUAUGUGCAUGAGGUAUGGUUUACACAGAAAAACUCCAAUAAUGCGGAGAAAUGCACCCAGCCGAUUCACCUUCAACCCCUCUCACCGAUGGAUCUACAUCGCAGGGACAUACCUGGAGUUUGGUAACAGAAUAGGGAGGGAUGCAGCAAAAGUUAAAUUCGACCACCCCCAUCUGGGUGAUGUUUGUCAGAUGAAGACCGAGCCGCAGCCCGCAGGGUUCACUAGACUAAGCCUUGACUGUGUCAUAGGAUGUGUGGAAAACUAUACCGACAAAUACGGCAACUACCACAUGUACACUAACAACUGUCACCAUUUUGUCAACAAGAUUUCUAGAGUCAUGUGUGAAGCAGUAAUUUGUCCUAAUUGGUGUAUUAGAAGAAUUCUAUAACAGAUCUAGAUUUCUAUGAGAAAAGCUGUAAACAGGAACAAGUACUGUAUACAACUUGUGCCUUGUUCAUUUGGAAUAAAUAAUGAAAUACUGAGUAAAUGUUCUGAAAAAUUA